ACACUUUGGAAUUUGAUGGAUUUUAUGAUUUAAAAAAGUAUUCUUUGGCUGAUUACGUCAUUCCUCGUAAUCGUUCCUCCAUCAAGCACCUGAGUUGUCGAGCUGAUCUUUCAAGCAUUCAUCCAUUUAAUGCGACAAAAGCUGAUACUUUAGGAAUAAUUAUUCAGAUAGCUAACAAAAACUUAACGAAAUUUAAUGUUAGGUGGUAUACUCCAAGUGAAGAUACGUCUCCGUACUAUAAGUCUGAAAUUCAGACGAUUCAUGAUGAAGAU